ACCGCGCGGGCUGUUGCAAAGGCGGCACGUGGCGCGGGGUUUCUGCUUCCCUUCGGUUGCCUUUUCCGCCUGCCCAAGCAGCCGGGAGGGAGUUGGGCUGGAACCGCCAGCAGAGAUCCCCAAUGGCCCUUGGGAAAGGAGCCAUGUCCUUCACAGAGGACAAAUGGGCUCUGCUGCAGCCAGGCCAAAGAAAACUCUUCUGGGAAGUUCUUCAGGAAACGUACGAGAACGUGGCCUUUCUAGGGUGGUUUUUGCUAGAGAGAGAGAAGGACAUUUGGGGAACUUGGAUGUCAACAGGGACUCUCUUCCUCUUUUUGUCCAGCUGGAGGGAGAAUUUGGCUUUCGCUUGGCUGCAGGAAAGGGAUCCCCAGCCAGUGCCCUUUGAGGAGGUGGCUGUGUCCUUCACGCUGCAGGAAUGGGCUGUCCUGGAUCCAGGCCAAAGACAACUCUACUGGGAAGUGAUGGAGGAAAAACAUACUAUGAUGACCUCUCUGGAUGACCACUCGAAGAUCUACAGUUACAGGUAAGCAACCUGUCUUUUUCCCUCCAUAAUGACAACAUCAUCAUCACCAUCACAGCCCCAGAAGAAAAUGGUGCUUGGUACAGCAAGAAUCUUGUGAAGAUUUCCCAAGAACUUGGCUAGAUCUUGAAUUACAGAGUACCAUCUAUCAGUCAGAUAUCUGACUGUGACGAUGAUGAUGAUGAUCAUGAUGUUCUCAGCAUGCCCAUUUAAAACUGAUUUUUUUUUUGUGAGCUCAUUAAACAUGAAUGUUAUAAAAUA